GGGAACCCAAAAGAGGGCAUCCAGGGUUAGGCGUGUGUGCAGAAUCUGUAACUGCCAUGGACGAAGAAGUGACCUGCAGGAAAAUGAAAGAGCAGCUCGUCUCCAGCAUUGAGCAAGCAGCCAAGACGACCUCACAGACUGUCCUGCGUAGACUAGCAGAGCGCAAUUCGUAUGCAGUGAAAAGCGAGGAGCAGGGAAAUGGAGCCCUCGGAGUCUUAGAUUAUUUUAAAGUGACCGACAUGGUAGAGGAGGCGGUGAAGGGGAUAGCGCAGACUGCCCUGUCCGAGCUCGUGGAGUUUAUUUUCAGACGAUUUACAGAUCUACAAAAAAGGGUGUCCGAAUGUGAGAAGGAAAACGUAAACUUGAAACAACAAGUGGAAACACUGCGCUGUGCCACACACGUGGGAUGCAUAGACAACCACGCACGAUCGCUGGGUGGACACUUAGUUUCGCAUUGUAAAGCGAGAGGCAAACCCACAGAUCGCGAAGGUAAGAGCGAACGGGCUGUGGGGAGCCUGGCGCCAGUGACGUCACACGGCUUCAUCCAUAAAUUCGCCGGAUACAAACAGGAGGCGGAGCUUAGCGAGUGCUCGGGAGAGGAGUGCCGUUCUGUCAAACCCUCCGCAUCCCCGGGGUCAUAUCCAGACCCACAAGAAAAACCGAUCCAGAGGAGCAGAUAUCAAGCAGUACACCGUGGAAGCCCUUUGUAUGAUGUAAACGAAACGUCUCACGCUGGCCUGCACGACAUGGAGCUGAGACCUGCGGACACAUUAAAAACUGGAGUGGAGGUCCCUGAGCCACUGUCUCCUUACAUUAAAGAAGAAGACACUAAAGCAGGUUUACCUGAAGUUUCAAAGGAAGUUACAGCACAAGGCACCAUUUUCACUAAUGAGGAGGAGUUAAUUAGUGUCAAGCAGGAGGACUGUGAGGAGGAACUUUAUUCCAAUAUUAAAAAAGAGAGGCUUCCUGUGGAGGGUAAACCUGAAGAUGUAUUUAGCAUUUGUGUAGUUAAGGAAGUUAAUCCGGAACCAGUGCAGGAUGGUUUGUCACUGGAACCGGAGGAGAAUGUGAGUGAGAGUAAACAAGGUAAGGAGAAAUUAGGAAAGGGAUUCAUACAAACGUCAUGUCUGGAAAAGCUAAACAUGAUCCCUACUGUAGACUUGCAAAUUUAUGAUAAAAGCUUAAACUCAAAUAAACUAUACUCCCUGCAGAAAACACACACAAGAGAAAAAGUAUGUCAGUGUACUGAAUGUGGAAAAUCGUUCACUGGGGCUAAGCAACUUAAGCUACACCAAAGAAUUCAUACUGGAGAAAAACCGUACCGGUGUAAUGAAUGUGGAAAGACAUUCAGACAGGCUGCCCACCUUAAACUACACCAGAGAAUUCACACGGGAGAAAAACCGUAUCAGUGCACUGAAUGUAAAAAGUCUUUCAGACAGGCGACACACCUUGUACUCCAUCAGAGAAUUCACACAGGGGAAAGACCAUACCACUGUGCGAAUUGUGAAAAGUCUUUCAGAAGGACUACUGACCUUAAACGCCACCGAGCAAUUCACACAGGAUGAAAAAGCAUAUUACUGUACCGAAAAGAAAAAGGCGUUGUUUUGCAACCCUCAAAACAGUCCUAGCAAAUAAGCCAUAUUGUCAUUGUGAACCCAUAUGCAGCAUGUGAGGGCAGCGUAUUUAACUUUCUGAUAGGGUUACUCCUCUUUAUCUGCCCGAUUUAAUUUACUUAACCCCCCUUGCCCCUUUUCCUUCAGCAUCAACUGAAACAAAUAAAAAAAAUCUGACAGCCUGUGGAUGGAUUGCUGCUGGUUAUAAGAACUGCUGCAUAAAAUUUCCAGAUGACCUCAUGUGCUAAGAAAACAACGUUUCAGGCCAUUAACCAGUUGGCUUACAGGGUAUAUCCAGCUGCAGAGUGAAGCCAUUCAUCUGAAAAGAUUGGCACAAAUUGGUUGUUAUAAAACGUACCUGCCCUACUCAUAAAGAUAAUUUUCAAGGAGCAUGGAACAUGUAAUCUUCCUAAUUGAGAGUGUCUGUGCACUACUGAGAUCGUUAAAUUACAGGAGCAUAUAAAAAAUGUCCAUUAGUUUUGUGCGGCUGCAUUUUCCUGUUUCUGAUAUUGUUGAUUAGGAGUCAUUUUCGAGGAAUAUUAACUGUGCAUGUAAACAGACUCAUGACUGAGGAACUACAAAUACCAGCCCAUUGUCUGAAAUGGCAGGAUAGCUGUGAGUUACCUUGGUGUGAACCGAGAACAAUUGGAUCACUUUUCAUCAUUAAACUUUCACUAAUAUUGCUGGUGCUAUUUGUUGCAUGGGAUGCUUUGUUUCCAUGUACAGCAAAUCCUCGCUAUCUGCAGAUUCUAUUUUAUGGGAUUGGCUUAUUUGCUUUUAUAAAACUUAAUUUAUGAGACCCGUGCUGGCAAGACAGUACAGGAGUUGCUGGAAGAGAAAAAAAGACAAAGACGUAGUGAUGGUGUUAGAGACGUAACUACCCAUCAGAAGAGUAUUAACUGACAACAUGGAUGAUACUUUCUGUACUGUGAUGCUGCUGCCUCCCUAGUUGUUAGUUUUCACUUUUUUCUUAAAUAAAUUUUCUUUGUGGGAUGACCUUUUUUAUUUUUUAAUCUGCUGAUGGCUUACACAUUUUUGUGGAUUGACGUAUUUUGGAUUUUUGGAACCUGUUGAGAUGACUACAACUUUGUUUACAAGGAGACUCCCUGUUUGUUCACUCUGCAAGUGUCUGGCAAAUAAAAUAUUUGUACAUUUUUAGUUUUUUGCCAUUGUUUGGGUGUUUG